AUGCUGGCGAGCUUGAACGAUCCGUAUUCUCGGUUCGUUUCGCCUAAGCAAUUCGCGGCAUUAGCUAAGUACGACGUGACUGGCAUCGGGCUGAACAUUGGCGAGGAUGUGGAGGACGGGCGGGUGAAGCUGAAGGUGGUGGGAAUCGUUCUCGGCUCGCCGGCGCAGGUAGCAGGUGAGCUCAUCUUAGCCUGUGUGCGGCAAGGCGACGAGCUCGUUUCAGUGGACGGCACGAGCGUACAAGGCAUGUCCGUAUCAGCAGGGGUACAUAUUUCUUCGCUCAUCCCAUCACCUCCACCCCUGAAUUCCCUUCUUCCCCUCUCUCCACUGCUCAACCCAGGUGUGCGGCAAGGGGACGAGCUCGUUUCAGUGAAUGGUACAAGCGUACAAGGCAUGUCCGCAUUCGACGUAUCUUCGCUCAUUCAGGGCCCCAAGGGCACCCCUGUCACCAUCGCCAUCCGCCACGACUCGUGCUCCCCUAUAGAGUUCCUCACUAUGGCGCGCACUAGCGAAGUGCAGUCGCCUGUGCUAUACCGCCUCGACCGAAACGACCCCAUCUCUCCUCUGGGUCUGUUCCAAGACUUCUCCUCUGCUGCUUCUUCCUCCUCCUCCCCCUCUCCCUCCUCCUCUUCCUCCUCUUCCAUGUUCUCUUCUGUGUUUUCCUCCUCCUCUGCCCCAACCGGCCCUGUGGGUUACAUUCGGCUCAAGGAGUUCAACGCAGCGGCGAAGCGUGAUGUGGUAACCGCAAUCCAACGGCUGGAAGCAGCCGGGGCGACAUCCUUUGUCCUCGACCUGCAGGACAACCCGGGCGGGCUCGUGCAAUCCGGGGUAGAAAUCGCAAAACUCUUCCUCGAGCGAGGACAAAUCGUGGUCUACACCGAGGCGCGCCCGGGUGAUUUACCCCAGAAAAGAAGCAUCGAAGCCACGGGAAAACCGCUCACUCGAGCCCCUCUAACGGUCCUCGUGAACAACCGAACGGCCAGUGCUAGCGAAAUUGUAGCGGGCGCGUUGCACGAUAACUGCCGGGCGGUUUUAGUCGGGUCGAGAACCUUUGGAAAGGGGUUGAUUCAGAGUGUGUAUGAGCUGAAUGAUGGGUCUGGGAUGGUGGUGACAGUGGGCAAGUAUGUGACUCCUGGGCUGGUGGAUAUUGAUGGGAACGGCAUUGCGGCGGAUUUCAGGAGGAAGCCGAGCGGGGAUAUGGCGCGAUGGAAGCUUGCUAACUGCCAGGUUCCUUGUUUCAAGAGCAGGUACGCUGGGGUUUGGGAUCCCCUCCCCUCCCUCACCGCGCCCCCCCCCACUCUCCCCUCAGCCCCCUGCUGGCGUUUAGGAUCCCCUCCCCUCCCUCACCGCGCCCCCCCCCACUCUCCCCCCAGCCCCCUGCUGGCGUUUAGGAUCCCCUUCCCUCCCUCACCGCGCCCCCCCCCACUCUCCCCCCAGCCCCCUGCUGGCAUCGACCACCUCGCCACCUUCUCCAAUGACGAGCCGCCAGCUGUCACUCGUGUACUGUUCACGGAGAACGACGUGAGGGCAAGAGAUUACGUGAAGACGCUUAUGAGGGAAGCGGGGCUGGGUGUAAGAGAGGAUGCUAUCGGCAACAUCUUUGGCAGAUGGUGGGAGGGGUCCAAUGAAUCGUUGCCAGCUGUUGUCACAGGGUCGCACACGGAUGCGAUCCCAUUGGCCGGGAAGUACGACGGCGUUGUGGGGGUGCUGGGAGGGAUCGCUGCAGUGCAGGCGCUGAAGCGGGCGGGAUUCUCCCCCCAUCGCCCCAUGGAAGUGCUCAUGUUCACUUCUGAAGAGCCCACCCGCUUUGGAAUAGGCUGCCUGGGCAGUCGCAUGUUGGCCAACCAAACUGGCUAUCUCGAUCGCCUGCUGGCGCUCCAGGACAAAGACGGCCAGCCGUUCGCCGAGGCUGCCGCCGAAGCUGGUUACGGAGAGGCUCUUAACGCAGGUUCGGUAGCAGCCGUGGCUUUGAUUCGGGAGCAAGUGGGCGCUUUUGUGGAGCUUCAUAUUGAACAGGGGCCGCUACUGGAAGAGCAAGGGCUUGACAUUGGCAUAGUGACAGCGAUAGCAGCAUCAGCAACGCUGAUGGUGGAUUUCAGUGGAGGAGGGGGCCAUGCUGGCGCACUGCUCAUGAAGCACAGGAAUGAUGCGGGACUGGCAGCUGCUGAGCUCUCAUUGGCUGUUGAGGCUGCUGUGCUGGCGACCAAGGCAGACGACACAGUGGGGACCACAGGGCGCCUUAUUCUUCAGCCCAACGCAGUGAACAGCGUGCCUCGCCAUGCACACUUGGAGAUUGAUAUUCGAGACAUUGACGAGGCGAGGCGGGAUAGCGUGGUUUCAAAAGCAAUGGAUGCUGCCAGGAGCAUUGCUGGCAGACGGAAAGUGACGGUGGAGAGAAUGGAGCUGGUCAAUGCCGACCCGCCCACCCAGUGCAGCAGCAUGGUGACGUCAGCUGUUUUGUCUGCAGCGCAGGAGCUGGGGCUGAGCCACCGGCGCAUGGUCAGCCGGGCAUAUCACGAUGCACUGUUCAUGGCGAGGGUGGCGCCAACAGGCAUGAUCUUCAUUCCCUGCCGAGGAGGUGUGAGCCACCGCCCGGAUGAGUUCACAUCAAAGGCCAAGGCCAACGGUGUGCGUGUGCUCGCCCUCACCAGUCCCUCGCUUCCUUUAUAUUCGCUUCCUUCACCCCCUUCUUCUUUCAGGUGUGUGAGCCACCGCCCGGAUGAGUUCACAUCAAAGGCCAAGGCCAACGGUGUGAGCCACCGCCCGGAUGAGUUCACAUCAAAGGCCAAGGCCAACGGUGUGAGCCACCGCCCGGAUGAGUUCACAUCAAAGGCCAAGGCCAACGGUGUGAGCCACCGCCCGGAUGAGUUCACAUCAAAGGCCAAGGCCAACGGUGUGAGCCACCGCCCGGAUGAGUUCACAUCAAAGGCCAAGGCCAACGGUCCGUGCGUGGCAUCUGCUGUGACACCUGCUGUGACACCUGGGCGUGACACCUGCUGUGACACCUGGCAAGACACCUGCUGUGACCUUGCUGUGGCACCUUCUGUGACCUCUGCUGUGACAUCUGAGGUGGCAUCUGAGGUGGCAUCUGAGGUGGCAUCUGAGGUGGCAUCUGAGGUGGCAUCUUCUGUGGCACCUGCAGUAACACCUGCGGUAAUCUUGGAGCUGUCCCAAAUGUCACUUCUAAUUUGUCUGUGA